AUGGUUGCUGUAGAAGGGAAGAAAGACAGUCAGAGAGAAGCAAGGGCAGUGGGAAGGAUUGUGCUACCAUCAGAAGCCUUUAAGCUACUCAAGAAGAAUGAAAUUCAUACUCUUAAAGGAAAUGUUCUUGUUGUUGCUCAGAUUGCAGGCAUUCAAGCUUCUAAGCAAACAAGUCAACUCAUCCCACUUUGCCAUCCGCUUGCUCUAACAUUCAUCAAUGUCAACCUUUGGCUCGAUGAUGAAAAGAGCAGCGUCGAAUGUGAAUCGACUGUUAGGACAGUUGGAAAGACAGGUGUCGAAAUGGAGGCUUUAAUGGCAACAAGCACGGCCUUACUCACAGUCUAUGAUAUGUGCAAGGCAGCAUCAAAAUAUAUGGUCAUUCAGGACAUUCACGUCGUUUCGAAAGAAGGGGGCAAAAGUGGGUCAUGGCAAUGGGAAAAUAAAUGA